GUUAGCUGUAAAUUAAUUCUUCGCUUACCAUUAGCUGGACGAUAACCGUUAUUCAAUAAUUUUUUCAGUGAAAACGACAAAAUUCAACCCAAAAGUAUUAAAAAAUACAAUUUAGUGAAAUUUUUGUGCGGAACCACGCGUUUGACAGUUUUGUGUUUUCUUUAUCACUUUUUUGUACUCAGCGCCUCUAGUGGCAAUUUUUACAUAAAUGAACCUAGGUAAAUUUAUUUGAAACUAACCCAAAGAGAGUGCCACCUAUCGGUAAAAAAAGCAACUACGAAAUAAGUGAUCGCAACCAAAACAUUGGCUGGUGGUUCAGGACCAAGUGGAAAUUUUCAUCAAUUUUUUGGUAAUAUUACUGAAAAUAUAUUCUAUCACUAUGGAACAACCAGGUAAAACAUCAUUUUUCUCUUCUCUGAUGAAAUAUAGCUACACGCAGUACUUGUGUAUACUGAUUUUGAUGGAAUUAAUGAUUUUCCGCAACAUUGUGGUUAUUUGUUUUGUUUUCUUUUAGCUUCCGGAUGCUCGAGUAUGGAAAAGGUAUCUGUCUCACUUGGACAGGUACUUGAUUACGUCGGAGACUCAGUGCGACCGUUGCGGGAAGGUCAGAAUGUGUUUGACUCUGGCCACAUCGUUUGCAUUGGAUUCAAUCAGAAAACUCCCGAUUAUCUGCGCUUGGCUGCGUAUGUUUUGCAGAGUUCCCACCCGUCAGAUAUUCCACACGAACUAGAACUGAAGAUCGGAACGGAUUACCGUAAAUGGUUGCUAAAGUGCUCUUGCAAGGCAGGAACUGCGCGCUGCAAGCACAUUGUUGCAUGCCUCUUGCACCUGUGCCAAUUCAGAUUCGUGGAGUACAUGACUUGCACCGACUCUCGUCAAGCUUGGGGUCGGAGUAAAGCGGAGAUUACACAGUGGCGCGCCAAACCCGUGUUGCAAUUGUGUUGUGUUCGGAAACACCCACCCGUUUGUUCUUCAGAGGCACCCAAUAAACGAGAACUGCUGCAACAGGAAUUCAACAGAAUUUUACGAGCUUCUCCAAAUUCAGCAAUCCAGAAACAUAUUACCGGGAGAGAACUGAGUGUGCCAUUGCCCAUAGCAGGACCAUUGAAUCAACCUGACGUUAACGUAUAUGUAACCAGGAAUGAGCUGUACGAAUUGAUGAUGAGUGUUGAGCAAAUCUCAAACAUUGCGGAGUUUGAUACUGAUAGUAUUAAACACUUUUAUGAAAAAACUGUUGAGAAAGACGAUCAAACAAUCCUGGAUAUAGCAGAAGAGACCAAAGAUCAGCGAAACGAUGCUUGGUAUUUACAUCGCUCAAUUAGGAUAACGGCAAGUUCAUGUUAUGAUCUCUUUACAUACACUCGUAAUAAGAAUGCGGAUUGGGAUAGGAAGAUUCAGCAGUAUUUGAAUCCCAAAUUGAUACGAUCCAAAGCACUAGACUAUGGGAAGCAAACUGAACAAUUGGCCCUUGACUGUUACAUGGCAAAACGAAAUCCAUUAGUUAAGAAAUCUGGAUUUGUUGUAUGUUUGAAGGAACCAUGGAUCGGAGUUAGUCCUGACGGUAUCGAUGCUUCAUGUAAUCUUUUAAUUGAAAUUAAAUGUCCAGUAUCAGGAGAAGAACAUGAUUUGCAGUGGAUACUAGAUAAUUGUAAAGCAACUAAUGUUUAUCUUAAGAAACAGGAAUCUUCUCUUUCUUUGAAUAAAAAUCACAAAUAUUACGCACAAGUACAACUGAGUAUGUAUGUCUUGGGGUGUAAUAUGUGUGAUUUCAUUGUAUAUUCCAAACUCGCGAACGAUUUCUUAGUUGUAGAGAUACAGUUCAAUGAAGAAUAUGUAAGAAGCCUAAUAGGUGCGUUAAAACUGGUAUAUUUCCAAUUUAUGUUGCCUCAAAUCGUUAAAAAACAUCAGGGUGAUUCAGUGUAGUUUAAUCUUUUUAUUGCUGUUUUCGAUUACAUAUCAAAUAAAAGAAUGAUUGAAAAGUUUGAGCUGAAA